AUCCUCUGGGCCCGGAGCAGUAAGGAUGGAGCUUGGCCGUUUCCGACACCUUCUUUUUAUAACUCGGGUGCCGUCCCCCCCUCCGCACGACCUGUCAAGAACCACGCCUCUGGAGCCACCCAAUUGGUCCGAAAGCGUCAAAGGGCCAAUCAAGGCGCCCGCCGCCCCGCUCGGCAGCCCCGCGAAGGCCACCAUACAACCCGGCGCAGCGAAGCGGCAGGGCUUAGAGAGGCUCACACCCGCGCGCAGCACGCCCGCCCUGCCACACCGGCGCACUCUCUCUCUCUCUCUCUCUCUUACACACACCCACCCACCCACACACACACCCCGCCAGCAGAGCGCGCGCUCGCUCGCUUUCCCUCCCUCCCUCCCUCCCUCCCAUCCAUCCACACUCGCGAACGCGCGCGCACCUUUCUUCCCUCCCCUCCCUCCCUCCCUCCCUCCCUCCCGGGCGCGGGACUCGGGGAAGCCGAGCGCGGCGGCGCUUCCUCUGGCUGGCUGCUUUGCAGAAGCCGAGGAAGGGAGGAGGAGAGGAGGAGGGUGCGGGGGGAGGGAGGGAGGAAAGGAAGCGCCCGACUUAGCAACAAACUCGUUCCGGCUUCCUUCGACUGCGCAGCCCAGCCGAGCCGUCAAUUUCAUUCUCAAGGCUUUGCCCCAACCAUCACCUCCCGAGUUCUUUCCUCGCGGGAGUGGCGGGGAGAAAGAGGGGGGGGAGGGCGUCUCUCACACAUACCAGGGGGGAAGGGGGGGGGGGGGGGGGGGGGGGAGAGGCCAGAAGGAGAGGCGAACCAGCCGGCUGGAAGGAGAAGAGAACGCCCGGAGACCGAGAAGGAAAGGGCUGCGGGGCUCCGGGAGAGACACAGCUGCGCGGGGGCUGGAGGAGGCGCCAGCUUUUGGAGGAUCCCGCAGUUUUCCUCCCCGCCGGCUCUCCGGCUUUCCUCGCCCCGUUCGGACGCUUCGGUGAGAAGCCGCGCCGGCAAGCUGGAACAGAAUGGCCUGGAGCUGAAGAAGGACUAAGAAGUUGGAGAAGGAGGGUCAGCGCUAUCUUUUUGGCCUUAGGAUGACCUGUUAGAAUGUCUGUUUGGUUUGCUUAGGAAGGCUUGGUGUGGGGGUGGAAGAGAAGAAUAAGAUUAUGAGGAUAGGACAAGGAGAAUGAGAAUCAAAUCUCCAAAGCAAAACUAG